AAGAGGAAGAAGAGAAUGAGAAGGAAGAAUUUGAGGAGGAAAGGAGCCAUGAGGAGAAACAAAGUGUUAAAGUUCACGCCAUGGUCUCUGUGUUUCAGUUUAUUAUGAAACAAAGUUACAUCUGUGCCCUCAUUGCCAUGAUGGCUUGGAGCAUCACGUAUCACAGCUGGUUGACAUUUGUGUUGUUGAUUUGGUCAUGCACCCUUUGGAUGAUUCGCAACAGAAGAAAAUAUGCCAUGAUCAGCUCUCCUUUCAUGGUCGUCUAUGGAAAUCUGUUGCUGAUAUUACAGUAUAUAUGGAGUUUUGAACUUCCCGAAAUUAAAAAGGUCCCAGGAUUCUUGGAAAAGAAAGAACCAGGAGAACUUGCCUCAAAGAUACUUUUCACCAUUACUUUUUGGCUCCUGCUGAGGCAGCACCUCACCGAGCAAAAAGCUCUUCAAGAAAAGGAAGCUCUUUUAUCUGAGAUCAAAAUCGGAAGUCAGGAAAAUGAAGAAAAAGAUGAUGAGCAAGAUAUACAAAUGGAAGGAGAGGCUGAAGAAAAGGAGGAAGAGGAAGCCAAGGAAGAGAAGCAAGAGAGAAGGAAGGAGGAGGAAGAGGAAGUGGAGGAAGAUGACGACCAGGACAUCAUGAAAGUGCUGGGCAAUCUGGUGGUGGCCAUGUUCAUCAAGUAUUGGAUCUACGUCUGUGGAGGAAUGUUCUUCUUCGUCAGCUUCGAGGGUAAAAUUGUGAUGUACAAAAUCAUCUACAUGGUGCUCUUUCUGUUCUGUGUGGCCUUGUAUCAGGUGCACUAUGAAUGGUGGAGGCGAAUCCUAAAGUACUUUUGGAUGUCUGUGGUUAUUUACACUAUGCUGGUGCUUAUCUUUAUCUACACAUAUCAGUUUGAGAACUUCCCAGGACUGUGGCAAAACAUGACUGGAUUAAAAAAAGAAAAGCUCGAGGAUCUUGGCUUAAAACAGUUUACUGUGGCAGAACUAUUCACUCGCAUAUUCAUCCCAACUUCCUUUCUGCUGGUGUGCAUUUUACACCUUCACUACUUCCAUGAUCGGUUCCUGGAGCUCACAGACCUGAAGUCCAUUCCCAGCAAGGAAGACAGCGCCAUCUACAGACUGGCCCACCCCGAAGGAAGCCUUCCGGACCUUGCCAUGAUGAAUCUGACCACCAGCCUGGAGAAGCCGGACAUCAGGAAGCUGGCUGAGCAUGGGGAUGAUAAACCAGAGGGGUCCCCUGAGAAGGCUGAGCUUGGGAAAGACAGCGAGGAGGAGGAGGAGGAAGAGGAGGACGAAGAGGAAGACGAGGAGGAGGAGGAAGAAGGGGAGGAAGAGACGUCAGAUUUAAGGAACAAAUGGCAUCUGGUGAUUGACCGCCUCACUGUGCUCUUCUUAAAAUUCCUGGAGUAUUUCCACAAGCUGCAGGUGUUCAUGUGGUGGAUUUUGGAGUUACAUAUCAUCAAAAUUGUUUCAUCGUACAUUAUCUGGGUUUCUGUGAAAGAGAAAGAAUUCGAGGGUAGAGAAUUAAAGAGCAACGAAGAAGGGCAAGAGAAGGCAUUUGGCUACAAAUAG